CUUCUGAGAUUUGUUUUUAGCUUAGCCUGAGACACACGAGUGAAAUUGUAACUGAGAGAAAAAGAAAAAAGUUUAAGCUUAAUUUCUCUGAAAAUAUUUUUUUCUUUCAACACUGUCACCAACGUCCCGCACCUCUCCACAUUUCUGCAGUUGAUCCGUUGCCAUGCCGGUGCACCGUGACCGGGAGAAGAAGGAGAGCACAGCAGAGGAGAUGGAGGUAGAGGAGCAUGAGCAAGAGGCGACCAGCUCAGAGGAGGAGGAUUCUGACACCUCCUCCGUCUCCGAGGAUGGAGACAGCUCUGAAAUGGAUGAGGAGGACUGUGAACGGAGAAGGACGGAGUGUCUGGAUGAAAUGUCCAACCUAGAGAAGCAGUUCACAGAUCUCAAAGACCAGCUUUAUCGGGAGCGUCUCAGUCAGGUGAACAGCAAGUUGACAGAGGUGGAGGCCGGCCGGGCAGCAGAAUAUCUGGAGCCUCUGGCGGUACUGCUGGAGAACAUGCAGGUCCGCACCAAGGUGGCAGGCAUCUACAGAGAGUUGUGUCUGGAGUCUGUGAAGAACAAGUACGAGUGCGAGACUCAGGCAGCAUGCCAACACUGGGAGAGUGAGAAGCUGCUGCUGUUCGAUACAGUGCAGAGUGAACUGGAGGAGAAAAUCAGAAGACUGGAGGAGGACAGACACAGCAUAGAUAUUACAUCAGAAUUGUGGAACGAUGAGGUAUCAGGGAGGAAGAAGAGGAGAGAUGCGCUAAGCCCAGAUAAGAAGAGGAGACGACCUUCAGUGGUGUCUGGCCCAUAUAUUGUUUACAUGCUGCCUGACUUGGACAUCCUGGAGGACUGGACAACUAUCAGAAAGGCUGUGGCUACGCUGGGUCCCCACAGAGGGAAGGCCGACUCUGACAGCCCUGUGUUCCCAUUCAGACCAGACAGAACCAGAUCCAUUCUCAACUGCUGAGACACACACACACACACACAUCCAUACAAAACACACACAUACAGUUACACAUCAGGAAACACUCAAGGACCUCAAACACAUGCACGAUGCAUGCAGACAUCUAUAUAUGACACACAACCACUACACUUCUCAGCUAACAGCGACACCAGUCGGUAAGCUGCCUCUCAUGCUGGCAAGCACACACAAUAAGGACUUACGGGUUUGCAAUCCCUUUAAAGGACAAACAGGAACAGGACUACCGUUAUUUCCACUGACACAUUCCCAAUACUUCCAGUCUGAAUUGGGGUAUUAAUUUUUUGUUUUGUUUUGUUGUUUGCACCAGUCUUUGUUUCUGUGCAGUCAGUGGACAGAUAAAAGAACGUUUACCUAUUAACAGACAAUUAUAAGCAAAUAAAGGGUUUAAUUCCAAAAUGACAGACCAUCUAAACCAUUAAGGGAAAAUGUUAAGCCCAGAGUUGAGCCUUUUUUAAAGGUCCAGUGUGGUCCAGAAUUGAGUGGCAUCUAGUGGUGAAGUUUCAGAUUGCAACCAACUGGAAACCCAUCACCUCUCCCUCUCGGUUCAAACAUGAAGGAGAACCUACAGUGGCUGUGAAACACGAAAGGUCUGUUGUAGAAACAAAGUGGUGACUCCAUGGAAGAGCCGCUCCCUCUGUAGAUAUAAAAGGUUAACAUUACAGUUCUUAUUUUUAGAUAACUUAACACCAAUGUAAACAUAGUUAUGAAACUGAUGUUCCAUUUUAUGUCAAUAGAUACCUUUUAAAUGUUGGACCUUUGGACACACAAAGGUUGGACACACUGGACUUUUUUAAAGGCUGAUUAUUGCUGUAGCUGUGUUACAUUAGCACUACAUUUCAGUCAAUGUAAUACAUACAUAGAAAUUACUGUGUGUCCCAGAUUUGUGCAAAAUAUUGAAGAAUCACUGGACACGCAUGUGGGUGACACAAGCAGGCUUUUUAUUUUAUUUUUAUUUUAUUUUAAAUAGAAGGCCAAUACAAAAUGUCACCUGGCAUCACAGUAAAAUCAGUUUUCAUUUGUACACCAUCCUUUCAGACAGCGUUUGAUCUUGGAGGAUUAGAUCACAACGUCUUUAAUGUUAGUUAGUGUUACACUUUGGAUUUUCAGUCCUUGACAUUUUGAAGUGGAUCAAUCCACUUUGGUCGUUUCCGCAGACCACCUUCAUUCAAGUUUUUAAUCCUCCCAGAAUCUAGUCUUUAAUGAGGGUGCCAUUGUCUCGAUACAUUAAAGUAAUCCAACAGUGUUCUCGAAACUGAUUUUAUUGGUGGUGUGUUCACAUAAUUAAUACAAAUGAGGGAAGUGACCAAAAUCAUUUGGCUUUGACUGCGUCCGUGUCAACAGGCCAUUCAGAACUUUAAUUUUUAUGUACAACCUAGUUCACAUCCCGAGUUGCACUGAUGCCUAGAUUUGGUGAACGGCAUCAUGUGAUUGCUUGUGUUUUUAUCUGUGUUUCACAGCUUCAUUAUCCCACACACAGUUUAGUUCAAACAUCUAAAAAUUUAGUUUUAUUUGGCGAUACUGGAGGUUUUAUUGUUUUUUUUCUUCGUGGAAUUCAAGCUGUCAAGCUCUCAGUGACGAGGUCAGGGUGAAGGCUUCGUCACUGCACAUUAUUGUGUGUGAGAUUUAUAAAGUUAAACCUGGAGGGUUAAUAACAAAGCUUCCAAUGACACACGAGGAAAUGCUGGUUUAUAUAUGAACCUUGUCAAUUGUGCCAUUUGUUUUAUAUAUAUAUAUUUUUAUGUGGAUCUGUUUAAAUGUCUUGCAUGAAAAUAACACUUGCUUUUUGUUUCGAAUAGUUAGAUGGUGAUCACAAGACAGUUUGUACAGCAUCCAGAACUCCACAGUGCCUACACUUGAAGUUCAACUCUGUAAAAUUUGUCUUUCUCUCACAUCUUUGAAAUGAAGAGUAGUUUUCUUGUUUUUAUUGGUGCAUUUUGCCGUUUUAAGAAUUACGUUUAAGUUAAUUUUGUUGCUGUGCGGUUGCGGUCGAGACAAACUCAGUGAUAGCAGUAACUAAAAUGCAAGAAUGAAAGAGAGGUUGUGUGUUUUUAAACCACCAGUGGACUUCCUCAUACCAACACCUCUGAUAAGAAGGUAACAAAAACAGAGGGUAUUUCAGUAGAGCUUCCUCUACACCAUUAUACAGUGUUUAUGGGAUACCUGGGCAUGUUGAAUCCUUUUUUUUUUUUCCCCUCACCAAACUUUUAGAAAAUCCUGCAUUUUUCAUGCAUCAGCAAGUAAAGUCAAUUUACUCCCCUCUAUAUGUAACACUACAUCACUGCGAUUGCAAACCGGUAUUAAUAGAAUCAUAUCACCACAUCAACAGAAAUAUUUUAUAACCGAGGACCAAAUAAAACGUCAAGGUAUCCCUUUAAAGUUGCUGUUAAACAGGUAUUACUGUUACAUUGUCUUCUUACACAUCUACCUCUUCUCUCUAUCUCUCGCUCACUCUUCACGUUUGCAUUAUUAGCCAUGGACAUGAAAAUGCUUCCAUCUUUAUCUCAAUCCUGACAGGAGCUGAGUUUGUUGUUUCGGCGUAUUCCUGGUUUUUAUGGCAGAUGUGCAGAUUGUUUUUUUUUUUUUAUAGCCUACUGUGAUGAUGACUAAUAGUACAAACUAAACCACGUUCUUCCAAUCUUGAACCUUCCACAGAUACAACCCACUGUUUAUAAAGGAUGAUGAACAAACUGCCAUUUAAUAAUAUUGAUUUUAUAAACAGAGGCUUUUGAAGAUUAACGUGGUGACGUAAAAUUCAAAUCAAUAUUUUUCUGACCGUUUCUGUUAAAUAAUGUAUCAGGUACAUUUGUGUCUUUCUUGUUGAUGAUGUGGGUGGUUUAUACAAUUAAAAGUUGUUUUUAUAAGUA